AGGAGGGAAGGAAGAAAAGAAGGAAGGAAGGAAAGAAAGAAGGAAGGAAGGGGACACCUACAACCGGGGGUUUGUUCCCUUGCGAAAGGAAAGGGGCACCUACAAUCCUCAAUUGUGAGCGAGUUUGUUCCCUUGAGGGAAGGACACUGGAUUGGGCGCGCGCUGAAGCCGCCCGGCAGGUCCGCAGGUGGGUAGCCUAGGCGAGGGAGGAAGGGGACAUUACCUUCCCCUCGGAAGAGGGCGCUGGCUCCCCCAACUGGCCUUUAUAACCAGGCCGCGGGAGGCGACGAGGCAGCCGGUUGCCGUCUGCGAUUCGCUAAAGCAUGCAGUUGGGAGAGCAGCUCCUGGUGAGCUCGGUGAACCUGCCGGGCGCGCACUUCUACUCGCUGGAGAGUGCUCGCGGAGGAGGAGGAGGAGGAGGAGGAGGCGGAGGAGGAGGGGGAGGCGGAGGGAGCGUCAGCCUCCUCCCCGGUGCUGCCCCCUCGCCCCAGAGGCUGGACUUAGACAAAGCGUCCAAGAAGUUUCCGGGCAGUCUCCCGUGCCAGGCGGGGAGCGCAGAACCCGCAGGCGCCGGCGCGGGGGCCCCAGCGGCCAUGCUCAGUGACGCGGACGCUGGGGACACCUUCGGGAGCACCUCGGCGGUGGCCAAGCCCGGGCCCCCGGACGGCCGCAAGGGCUCCCCGUGCGCGGAGGAGGAGCUGCCCUCCGCCGCCACCGCCGCGGCCACCGCGCGCUACUCCAUGGACAGCCUGAGCUCCGAGCGCUACUACCUCCCGUCGCCGGGACCGCAGGGCUCCGAGCUCGCCGCGCCCUGCUCGCUCUUCCAGUACCCGGCGGCGGCCGGAGCAGCCCACGCACCCGUGUACCCCGCGUCCAAUGGCGCGCGCUACCCCUACGGCUCCAUGCUGCCCCCCGGUGGAUUCCCCGCCGCCGUGUGCCCGCCCGCGAGGGCGCAGUUCGGCCCCGCUGCGGGUUCGGGGAGCGGCGCUGGUAGCAGCGGCGGUGGUGCCGGCGGUCCUGGCGCCUAUCCCUACGGCCAGGGCUCUCCGCUCUACGGGCCAUACGCCGGAACCUCAGCGGCCGGGUCUUGUGGAGGAUUGGGGGGCCUAGGUGUGCCUGGCUCCGGCUUCCGCGCCCACGUCUACCUGUGCAACCGGCCCCUAUGGCUCAAAUUCCACCGGCACCAAACUGAGAUGAUCAUCACCAAACAGGGCAGGCGCAUGUUUCCUUUCUUGAGCUUCAACAUAAACGGACUCAACCCCACCGCCCACUACAAUGUUUUCGUGGAAGUGGUUCUGGCCGACCCUAACCACUGGCGCUUCCAGGGGGGCAAGUGGGUGACCUGCGGCAAAGCGGACAAUAACAUGCAGGGCAAUAAGAUGUACGUUCACCCAGAAUCUCCUAACACUGGCUCCCACUGGAUGAGGCAGGAGAUUUCCUUUGGGAAGUUAAAACUCACCAAUAACAAAGGCGCAAACAACAACAACACACAGAUGAUAGUGUUGCAGUCUCUGCACAAAUACCAACCGAGGCUGCACAUCGUGGAAGUGACAGAGGACGGUGUGGAGGACUUGAAUGAACCUUCCAAGACUCAGACCUUCACCUUCUCAGAGACACAGUUCAUUGCUGUGACUGCCUACCAAAACACGGAUAUCACCCAGCUAAAGAUCGACCAUAACCCCUUCGCCAAAGGCUUCCGGGACAACUAUGAUUCCAUGUACACGGCUUCAGAAAAUGACAGGUUAACUCCAUCUCCCACGGAUUCCCCUAGAUCCCAUCAGAUUGUCCCUGGAGGUCGGUACGGCGUUCAAAACUUCUUCCCGGAGCCCUUUGUCAACACUUUGCCUCAAGCCCGAUAUUAUAACGGUGAGAGAACCGUGCCACAGACCAACGGCCUCCUCUCACCCCAACAGAGCGAAGAGGUGGCCAACCCUCCCCAGCGGUGGCUUGUCACGCCUGUCCAGCAACCUGUGACCAACAAGCUAGACAUCGGUUCUUAUGAAUCUGAAUAUACUUCCAGUACCUUGCUCCCAUAUGGUAUUAAGUCCUUGCCCCUGCAGACAUCCCAUGCCCUGGGGUAUUACCCUGACCCGACCUUCCCUGCUAUGGCAGGGUGGGGAGGCCGUGGCGCUUAUCAGAGGAAGAUGGCAGCUGGACUACCAUGGACAUCCAGAAUGAGUCCACCUGUCUUCCCAGAAGAUCAGCUUGCCAAGGAAAAAGUUAAAGAAGAGAUUAGCUCCUCCUGGAUAGAGACUCCCCCCUCCAUCAAGUCUCUAGACUCCAACGACUCCGGGGUGUACAACAGCGCUUGCAAGAGAAAGCGCUUGUCUCCCAGCACCCCCAGCAAUGGAAACUCGCCCCCCAUAAAGUGUGAGGACAUUAACACUGAGGAGUACAGUAAAGACACCUCGAAAGGCAUGGGGGCUUAUUACGCUUUUUACACAACUCCCUAGAGCAUUAUUUUAACCUUUAACAUUUCCAGAUGGACCUGGUGGUGUUUUGUUGUGUUCUUUGCCUAGGUUACCAAAAAGACUUUUGCCUUCCACCUUUGACGUAUCCUGUUUUGUGCAAUUCUCUGAGAGAAGGCGCCAAAGCUUUGCCACGGCCGCAGGUAACUAAACUGAAGCAGACCUAGCGUUGGUUUCUUUCUUUGUAAAAUAAAGUGACUGGAGGACUCAGGAGUGUUUUAAAACUGAAAAGGUCGUUCGAGGUGCUGGAUUGAUUCAUUUAUGGGAAAUGAGAAACGUUCAGAAAAAGCAGGCUAUGAAGAACGAGUGACCGGUGCUAUUAAAUGAAUUUCAAAGACAAGAAAACAUGGCAGAAAAAAAACAAAACAAAACAAACUUUGGCUCUUAUUUCUACUCAUAAAUCUUUAAGCAAACAGCAGCCCAGAGGGUUAAAAUAUUUUUGCUUCGGGAAGAGAAGGGCUGGACCUUGAGUUAACAGUAGGCUCUUCGCAGAUAUCUUCUGCCAGGGCCUAAAGAGGCUGAGCCUGAGAGUCAAGCGGGGAAAACAAACAAACAAACUGAUGUUUAAGUGGCUAGCUAGUACUCACUGCCUUCAAUUCCUUGCAGAAUUUUGGAAUAAACCAUUUGUUGUAGGGCUGGCUCUGUGUGGCUGGGAUGACCUGUAGAAGGCAGGAGGAUCAGAGAGAAAGGGAGAAAUUAAGUGUACAAUUGUUUAGACACCUUUAGAGUAUUCUGGAAUAUAAUGUACAAAUUCAACUGCCUAGGUAUCAGAUAAAAAUAAUGUAAAAUUGGUGCUUUGGCGUUGUAAAGAAUUUGCAAAACCACAACUACUGCAGUUAAGAGGAGGGGUUCAUAUCUCGGAGAUAUUCUGUCCACUUCGCUAAGUACUCAGCUGCCUCCGUACUCGCUUCUACACACUUAAGGAAAAACCCUGCUUCAUCCUCUUUCCUUGGUCAUCCCCACUUCCCCCUUCGGUAAAUGUGAAAAAAAGAAAUUGCAGUAUGACGUCACAGUUCCUAUAGGCUUUUUAGAGAUUCUGAAAUUUUUAUGUACAGUCGUAAGUCAUUUUUAAUAAAUGUGGUUCAAUAAGGGAACGGGUAUAGCUCUGUCUUCUGUA